ACACACCCUCAGGACUCCAUGAGGUCCACCACAGGCUGCCAGGAUGCAAUGGAAUUUCCACGUUUCACCUUCAAUCCAAAGGAAGGGAUAGAUAAUCCAGCUUUGGUCAUCACUGAUGAUAUUGAGCCUGAUCAUAGCCUCAUGCCCAGACUGUGCCAUCUGAAGCGUCUGGAGGGGCAGAAUUUUGGUUUCUACCUGCAUAUGGACCAGCGCAGCCAAGGCUUUGAGAUCAGAGAUAUUGAGCCGUGGAGUCCUGCAGAGCACAGCGGUCUCAGAGACGGAGACAGAGUGCUGGAGGUCAACGAAGAAUUUGUGAACAACAUGGAAUUCUACAGGGUGGUGAGGAAAAUCCAGUCAUGCGGCUUACAAUUGUUCCUCCUGGUGUUGAAGAGGGAAGCGUACGAACAGUCACUAUCUCUUGGCGUGGACCUGCAGAUGCUGGCCAAGGCCUCCAAAGGGGACCACUGGUCUAGACCCAGACUGUGUCACAUCAGCAGACACCCGGUACAUGGCCUGGGGAUAACCAUUGUCUCAGUGGAAGGUCAGAAGGGCCAGUAUACUGUGAGCACAAUGACUGAUGGUCCAGCAGAGAAAGCUGGUGUAUGCACUGGAGACAAACUGAUCUGGAUCAAUGGAGCCAUGGUCUCAACGCUCACACACUCCACUCUCAACAAAACUGUGAAGAAGAGUGGCGACUCAGUGACGGUGCUUGUCAUUGACCGUGAGAGUGAGUCUUGCUAUGUCAGGAGGAAGAUGCCCAUCCUGCCUGUGGUGGCAAAAUGCUGUGGCCUCCCCCACACUGCCAAAACCAUGCAUCUGGUUAAAGGACGUGAUGGAUACGGCUUUCUGCUGAGACAAGAGAAGUUGGCAAGCACUCGACGAAUAGUUCAUGUGCUGAGGGAGGUGGAUGUGGGAAGUCCAGCUGAGGUAUCAGGUAUGGAGGAUGGAGACCUGCUGCUAGCUGUCAAUGGGAAACCUGUUGAGUCUAUGGAGCAUGAGGAGAUUGUCAAAAAGAUUAGACAGAGUGGUGAUGAAGUCAUCCUCACCUCUAUAUCUAUACGAGGAAGAGACUUUUACAGAGAGUUAGGUAUCUCUCCUGUGUUGUUCCAUGACAAAAGUACACUCUAAGAUGACAGGCAGCAGACUGUCUCCAACUGCACCAAGAACCAGAGUGAAACCCCUCUGAGAGAUGGAAAUGGAUGUCUGACAUAUCCCACAAUGUAUUUUCAGGACAUAGAGGACACAAGUUCUGGUUUUCACUCAAACUGUUCCCCGGAUCAGUCAGGAACUUUAACCACACAGCUGUCACAGAGAACAUGUGAUGCUUUCUUGUGAUCAAAAUGAACAGAACCCGAAUGACAUCAGCAGACAAGGGAAGCCGAAGAGCUCAAGUCAUAGCAGAAAAUGAUUAUACAGCAGAUUGAGGUUAGAUACUCGGGGAAUAACUAAUGUUAUUGCUUGGUCAUUAGAUUUUUUCCAAAUCCGUCAACAGAAUCACCUCUGUGUACUUGUCUUCUGGGACCAGGUGUUGGCACUGGAUGCUCUGCCAAGUCUACAGUAUAAUGAGAUCACAUUAACUUUUUUUUAACAUUGGUAUACAUACGAAUCCAAAUGUAUAUAUAUUUUUUAAAUUAUAACCAAUGCUCAUUAUUUUGUGUGCAGCUUACUGUAUGAUAUGAGUUGUGAAAUAGCUUUAAAGGAGACGUAUUAUGCUUUUCCAUAUUUUCUGUCAUAUCUUAAAUGUUACCAUCUCAGAUGUUCAUGUUAAACAUGGCCAAAGCUUUAAAUAA